CAGGGCCAGGAGGGGGAGCCGUGGAGCAGGAGCUCGGGCGGCACUGAGGCUGUGGCUGCUCUUGCUUCUGGUGAAUUCCCAGCUGGGGCCUGAGGGGAAGGUUCUGGUGGCCCUGGGACCCAGGCAGCUCUGCAGACAUGGAUGUGUUCCAGAAGGUAGAGAAGAUCGGAGAGGGCACCUAUGGGGUGGUGUAUAAGGCCAAGAACAAAGAGACGGGGCAGCUAGUGGCCCUCAAGAAGAUUAGGCUGGAUUUGGAGACUGAGGGGGUCCCAAGCACAGCCAUCAGGGAGAUCUCCCUGCUCAAGGAGCUAAAGCACCCCAACAUUGUCAGUCUGCUGGAUGUGGUGCACAGUGAGAAGAAGCUUUACCUGGUGUUUGAGUUCCUCAGCCAGGACCUAAAGAAGUACAUGGACUCUGCCGCGGCCUCAGAUCUCCCCCUGCACAUGGUCAAGAGCUACCUCUUCCAGCUGCUGCAGGGGGUGAGCUUCUGCCACUCUCACCGGGUCAUCCACAGAGACCUGAAGCCCCAGAAUCUGCUCAUCAAUGAAUUGGGCGCCAUCAAACUGGCUGACUUUGGCCUGGCUCGAGCCUUUGGGGUGCCCCUGCGCACCUAUACCCACGAGGUGGUGACACUGUGGUAUCGUGCCCCUGAGAUCCUCUUGGGCAGCAAGUUCUAUUCGACAGCAGUGGAUGUCUGGAGCAUUGGUUGCAUCUUUGCAGAGAUGGUGACUCGAAAAGCCCUAUUUCCUGGUGACUCUGAGAUUGAUCAGCUCUUUCGUAUCUUUCGCACUCUGGGGACACCCAGUGAAGCCACAUGGCCUGGAGUCACCCAACUGCCUGAUUAUAAGGGCAGCUUUCCCAAAUGGACUAGAAAGGGCCUGGCAGAGAUUGUGCCCAGUCUGGAGCCAGAGGGCAAGGACCUGCUCAUGCAACUCCUACAGUAUGACCCCAGCCAGCGGAUCUCAGCCAAGGCCGCCCUGGCCCACCCAUACUUCUCAUCCUCGGAUCCCUCCCCCGCCUCCAGCCAGUGUGUGCUGGAGCGUUACUGCCGUUAAGAACAGGAAGUCCCACCCAGCUACCUCCCCACCUGUUCCCAAGGGAGAGAGCAAAUCUGGGGAGAGCAAAGCUCUAAGGAAUUUGGUAUCAGCCAGCAGAGGGCUGAGUGUGGGUUUGUCUUGCCCACAGGUUAGAGAGUUCCUGUGUUGUUCGUUGGGUUUCAUGGUGCUUUUUCAAAAUAGAGGCACAGAUGCUCUAGGCAUGAGGGGGUACGUUAGAGAUCGAUCCCCUGGCACUGGAACAGCAGAUGCAAUGUUGAUAGCAGGGGCCUGCUAUGCUUUUUACCUGCAGGGGCUGCAGCCACAGAGCCAGACCCCAGGAAGGGGUGCCCCCUGCUGGUCUCUUUGGAUUUAAAAUGUUUGGGGGAAAGAGUUGAGUUCCCAAGUCAAACUGGAGGGAGAGAGCAGAGGUGAGGGUGUGUGUGGCUGUUCUAAGGACUUAUCACCUAAGAUAUGCUUAUGUUGUUUUGCUUUUGGCUUGACAGAAAAUAAACAUGACACCUUUCUGAGUU